GUAAAGGCAUGGCUGCCACUCCAUGUGUCUGAAGGCUGUAGAUCUCAGCCGAAGCGAUGCUUGAUCCCAUUAGUGCUUGAUUCGCUGAAUGCCUCGGGUGGCGCGGGAUGGCUGUGUCAUGAGUCCGAAGGCAGUCGGCCAAACGGACUUACAUCCUUUCAGAGAUGAACGUUACCAUCUAUGCAAAUUCCGACACUUGGCUUUCGGGGUGCCCAUUGCUUUGAGUCCAUAUCUCUUACAAUGACCAAGCCACGAUCGUUCGCGCCUCCUCCAGGAACGAUCUUGAAGGUGUCCAUCAGCCGGCCCAUUCACGGCAAUAUUCCUUAUAUUUCUCGCGAGAUUGUGGUACUCGACGAUAAUAGUCCAAACGCCCGGAUGUAUGAUCCCAGCUCAAUAGAAAAAGGAGGCGGCACAGCGCCGAUGAUGGCGCGUGCAGAAUGAGGUUGCAGACAAUGUUGAUUGUAGACCAUUUUCAGGUCAAGCGCAACGCUGGUUGACACUACCUUAUGGCA